UAGAAAAAACCUCAAUUUUCCAAAGAGAAGCUCAAAUUAGAAUACUCAAAAAACUCCAAAUUAAAAUAAGAAUUUACACAUUAUAUAUACAAACAGAAGAUAUACAAAUUGAGGAGGGAGAAGGGAGUCUUUUUCUGUGUUGGGCUAUUUAUAAAAUACUUUUAUCUAUAUAAAGGGUUGCCAAUUGCCAUAGCAUAGAGCUGUACUAAAGAGUCUAUAUUGAGAAAAGAGAAUCAAAAGAAUCUUGGUGUCCAGGUCAAAAAUUUUAAUGGCUUCAGUAAGUUAUUCACAGAAUAUGGAUGAUGAAUAUGAGAAAUUCAUCAGGAGAAUGAACCCUCCCAGAGUUGUAAUUGAUAAUGAAUCCUGCAAAAAUGCCACUGUUAUUCAGGUGGACAGUGCUAAUAAACAUGGAAUACUUUUGGAAGUUGUACAAGUCCUUACUGAUCUUAAUCUUAUGAUAUCUAAAGCUUAUAUUUGUUCUGAUGGAGGAUGGUUCAUGGACGUUUUCAAUGUCACCGACAAAGAUGGAAACAAGAUAACAGAUGAAGCGAGUCUGGAUUAUAUCCAGAAGUCACUUGGUCCCGAUUCUUGCUUUGCAUCUUCUAUGAGACGAUCUGUCGGGGUGAUGUCCGGAAUGGACCACACGGCAAUUGAGUUAAUAGGAAGUGAUAGACCGGGACUGCUUUCAGAAGUGAGUGCUGUUCUCACCCACCUCAAAUGCAAUGUGGUGAAUGCUGAGGUGUGGACUCAUAAUACCCGAGCAGCAGCUGUUAUGCAAGUAACUGAUGAAGAAACCGGGGGUGCAAUUGCUGAUCCCGAAAGGCUAGCCAUGGUUAAGCGCCUUUUAUGUAAUGUACUUAAGGGAACUAACAAAUCCCGGGAAGCUAAGACCGUGGUAUCUCACGGCGUCACUCAUACUGAGAGAAGGCUUCACCAGAUGAUGUUUGCGGACCGAGACUAUGAAGGGAUGGGUGAAAGUGCCAUGGAGGAAAAAGAAAGGCCGAAUGUAAAUGUUACUAAUUGGCACGACAAGGACUACUCAGUGGUCACCAUUCGGUGCAAGGAUAGGCCAAAACUUCUCUUUGAUAUAGUCUGCACUUUGACAGACAUGCAGUAUGUGGUUUUCCAUGGAAAUGUUGAUGCCGAGGGGCCGGAAGCAUAUCUGGAAUACUGUAUGAGACACGUUGAUGGAUCUCCAGUGAAAUCAGAUGCAGAGAGGGAAAGGGUGAUUCAGUGUCUUGAAGCAGCAAUCGAAAGAAGAGUAUCUGAAGGGUUGAAGUUAGAAUUGUGCACAGCUGAUAGAGUCGGGCUACUGUCUGAUGUAACUCGAAUCUUCCGAGAAAAUAGCCUUACUGUAUCUCGAGCUGAAGUGACAACAAAAGAUGGCAAAGCCGUUAAUACAUUCUAUGUUCGUGAUACAUCUGGAUAUCCGGUUGAUCCAAAGAUCAUAGAUUCUAUUCGGCGAACAAUUGGGCAGACUAUACUCCAAGUAAAGGGCUGCCCGGAAGAGUUGAAUCAAGUUCCCCAUGAAUCUCCGACCAGGUUCCUCUUUAGCGGCCUCUUCAAAUCCCGAUCCUUCUGCAACUUUGGCUUGGUUAGAUCCUACUCGUGAAGCUCUGAGGGUAAUGCACGACCUCUGUAAAUUCCGAAUCCCUCUAUGGCAACUGACUUUGAUCCAGAUCCUCUCGUCCAAAGUUUGUCACAUGCAUCUAUUUCUUUACGGCAUGUUUGAUAAGUUAGAAUAGAUAACACUGGACGAUAGUUUGGAAGUAAAAGUGUUCAUUGUAUUGUCUAAUCUUAUCUCCUACUGCAUGCUAGACAUGCACUUAGCGUCUGUAUAUAUGCCUUAUAUGUUCGUGUUAUGUUCAUUUGUUAUGAAUUAGGUUCGACAGGGUUGGACUGAUGAAAGCUGAAUUAGUGUUUGAAUCAUGUACAGAACUAAAUGCCUUCUUCUAAUUACUCCCAUCAGUCAACUGGCCUUUUAAUUUA